CUCCUGCCGUCAGAUUUCGUGGCGCAGGGUGUGCUGUGCCACGGGUCAGCCAGUGAGCGAGCAAGCGGUCGCCGGAGGGUGGAAACGGAAGCAUUGGGUGGUCGGUCGGGGCGCCGCAGACCGCUACCGGAAGUACUGUGCAGGUCGCCCCGUCGCGUUCCAUCGAUUCGAACAGUGAGGGGCUGCUUGAUCUCUUCGCGAGUGAUGUCAAUGCGAGGAAGAAUCGGUCUUCGUAUCAUCUGACGAGAUGACCUUAACAGAUCAGACAACGAAAGCGGCCAAGGGUCCACCGAGAUGGCUAGAGCCGGACCAGGUCCUUCCGGUUCAGGGACGAGUCGGCGAAGACAUCGUCGUCAAACCGAAAUUACGUUGGUCCGACAUUUUCGACGAGCUACGAUUCGAACUAACACGUGGAGAUGUACCCAUGCCGUCCGACCGGUACCGGAUACAAAUGAGAGGCAACGUUGUCCAGCUGACUUUGAAACAAUCACAGAAAGAAGAUACGGGACACUAUGCUUUGGUCGCAACGAGGGUUGGCCAGGGAUUCGACAAGGGAUCCUCGAAGAAGAUACAUCUGAACGUGGACGAGGUGAUUUCGGAAGAAGGAGAGCCACCGGUCUUCCUACGAAGAUUGACGCAUCUUGCGGUUAAAGUUGGCACCAGGACUAGAUUCCUCGUGGAGAUCCGAAGUUCGACCACACCGAAGGUUACUUGGCAUAGAAAUGCGGAUCUGGUGCACGCGGGCUCGAGAUUCUCGUUCGUCCACGAGGGGAACUUCUAUUGCGUCGACGUGGCACCCGUCACGGUGGAGGACGAAGGAGACUGGACCUGCAUGGCAGAGAAUCGUGGAGGCAGAUCCUCUUGCACAUCCCGCCUCACUGUAAUCGUUCCUAAGGCAUAUAAAAGGCCGGAGUUCGUCGAAGAGCUACGGGCUCUCCUCACAGAGACAGGCACGGUGUCCUUGGAGUGCAAAGUGGUCGGCGUGCCCACUCCAGUGCUAAGAUGGUUCAAAGACGACAAGGAAAUCAAGGCUGGCGACGUGUUCGCUUUAACUGCCAACCCCGACGAUCCAACCUCCCUUGGCAUUUAUACCUGCGAGGCAGUCAACUGCAUGGGAAUCGCUUAUUCCUCUUCAAAAGUACAUGUAGUCGGCAAAGGCAGUAGGGAGGGUUCCCUGAAACCAGCGGAUUCGAUGACACCAUCUGGUCCACUUCCUGUUUUCGCGAAGAUCCUGCAGGACGAGUGUUGCAGGAUCGGGGACACUCUCCGGCUUUCCUGUAAAGUCCAAGUACCACCAUGGCCAAAAGCGAUAACGUGGUACAACAAAGAAGGGCGAAUUGAGCCCAGUGAGAAAUACCACGUGAUGGAAGAUGGUCUUGGUGGAUACUUUAUAGAGGUAAACCCUGUAGAAGCCAUGGACGAAGGUGAAUGGAAGUGCGUCGCAACCAGCACCGAAGACAUGAAGCAAUUCACUACAUGCUACGUUGCAAUGUCCAUUCCAAAGAACUACAGGAAGCCUCGGUUCAUGGAAAGCUUGAAAGCUGUCCUAACAGAGGAAGGUUUGGUGUCCUUUGAGUGCAAGGUCGUAGGAUUCCCUACGCCCUUGCUGAGGUGGUUCAAAGACGGCCAGGAACUAAAACCAGGAGACGUUUAUCAAUUAACUGGGACCAACUCCUUGGGUUCCUAUUGUUGUAUCGCGCGAAAUUGUAUGGGAGAAGCGAAGAGCACCGCCGAAUUAACGAUCGAAGAUAUACAGAAUCAACUGAACGAAGAAGAACGCAUGCAGCUCCUUAGCACGGAUCAACCGCCUAUGUUCGUCAAGGGCCUGAGGAGUUGCGAAGCGCGGAUAAACGAAGACUUUCGAUUCACAGUGCAAGUCAGUAUAUCUCCUGAGCCAAGCCUGGCUUGGUAUAGAGACGACAUGCCAGUGGAGGAGAACGAUAAGUAUCAGACUGCCAAGGAAAAUCUUGGCACCUGCCAUCUCGACGUUCGAAAACUCGAAUUUGUCGAUCAGGGUGAAUGGAAGUGCGUGGCUUCGAAUGACAACGGUCAGAGCGUCACUUCUUGUUUUCUGAAACUAAUCAUUCCCAAGCACUACAAGAAGCCGAAGUUCCUCGAGAGCCUACGGGCUAUAUUAUCGGAGGAGGGCGCGGUCAACCUAGAGUGCAAAGUAAUCGGUGUACCUCAGCCGGUUCUCAAAUGGUACAAGGACGGCGUCGAGCUGAAACCAGGAGACAUCCACAGGAUCAUUUCCGGGCAGGACGGCACCUGUUGCUUAGGAACUUACACCUGCGAGGCGACCAACUGCAUGGGAACCGUCAGCAGUUCCGCCUCGCUCCUCGGAUUCGAAGAUAAAUUACCUCGUAAAGAGAUAAAGGAGCCUCUGUCACCGAACGGUCACGAGCUCGCGAGAAACUUGUCCCUCUCGACGAUUCACGAGGAGAGAACCUCACAGUUAUACGACACACCGCAAACCGACCAUUCCGUCACGUUGGAUGAUCGAGGGGAGGUGUCCUUUAGCUUCGACGGCAAGGAAGUCUCAGUUAGUUUGUACGAAACGCCGGAUUUGACCGAGGAGGAGGCUCUACAGAUCGUUGAGAUGUACGCCGAUCAGUUGUCUGAACACGUAACAGAGCACAACGUGAUCGAGUUACCACCAAUGCGAUUCGUAAAGGAGUCUUCAAACUCCGGCAACUUGUUAAUGGAAGCUGUAGUGAUCGACGUGUCUCCUGACUACUUCGUCAGUGCCGAGGACGGCGACGAUCUCCGCACAGAAGCUGAUUUCGAAGACGUCUCCAUCCUAGACGACAUAACACGAGUCCUCUCUUCCCCAGAACAAGAUUCUCGCAGUUCCUUAAAAAGAUCCGCUGGGUACAGUUUGGAGGACGACGACAAACCGCCGACUCGGCCUCCUCGGAAGAAAUCCAGUUCCUCUUCGAAGAGCGAAAAAAGCGAGAAGAGUUUGAAACUCGAGUCUGAGAGCUUCCACAGUGCUCAAAGGGAGGAACCGUUCUCACCUGUUUCCCCGAUAUCGCCAGUAUCUUCUUUGAAACAAGACGACAGCGACACUUUCGCCGAUGUCCUGUCUUCAGCGAGACUGUCAAUUUCGGAGAACCAAAUGAGAUUAGAUGAAAACGGGCGGGAGAGAAAACGGAGCCUAAGCGUCGACAAGACAGCUGGUUCCAGUAUAGACGAUGGAAUCGGCGGCGAUUCCUCGUUCGAUUCCGUCACCGGAGCACCGAAGAAGAAGCGACAUCGUAGGAAGAAGCACAAACGGGAUAAAGGCAGCUCCGAGGAAUCUUCAAUAGGCAGCGAGGUCGAUGGCAAGCGCAGAGAAGGCAGUGCCAAACCAGAACUGGUUCAACGCAUCGAGUCUAUAAGCAAGACUGAGGAACCGUAUGUGGAAGUUGAGAAGAAACAGAGCAGCGAAUCUGAGAAAUCGUUGUCUAAAAGUAACAAGGAAAGAUUGUUGGACAACAUGAAGAGAUUGAAGGAGCCUGUGCUUGUCGUUCGCGACACUCUGGUUAAAAUUGAUAAUCUGGAAACUAAGUUGAAUACCGGGAGUGAAGAUGAAUGCAGGAUGAUUGUAACGGAGAAUAUUAUUAGACCGAUUCAGAGUUUGUGCGAAGAGGUGUCUACUAUUGAAUCUAAAGCUCUGAAAAAUGCUGGCGACAGAUCACUGAACCAAACGGUACGUAUUUCAUUGUUAGAAGCGAUUGGAGGACCAACGGAAGAGCUUCUGCGUGGAAUGGAGUUGAUAGAGCGUCAAGAGAACGUAAAGAACCGCAAAACGGAUUUAAUCGCAAUUCUGGAGAGCCUCACAGACCCGGUCGAUGAAAUUCUGAUGGGAAUUACGAAGAUUGAACAUGAAUUGACUGGCAGGGCGAGGGGAGAGCGACCGAUCGUUCUUAUUCGAAUGACGUCUGCAGUUUUUAAGCUGGAUGAGUGUAUCAGAAACGUUCUGUCAGUUGAUAAAAGAGCUGAAAGACUAGUAGCGAGUUUGGAAAACAUUCUCAGCACUCUAGACUUCUUCUUGAAUGACGUUUCCGUGGAUCCAGCCAAGGGAACGAUAGAGACUGUAGAUACAGUGGUGGUAGAGUCUUUGUCGAAAUCAUUGGAAGACAUGGCUCGAUCACUGAGCCGCUUCUCCUCGACAGAAGUGAAAACCGAAGAUAUUACUAAAAUAAUAGACGAGCUUAUGCUGCCAACGCGAGAGUUGAAAGCAAAGUUGGACACUUUGAAGUCAGCAUUAGAAACUUACGAAUCGAAAGGGAUCUUGUCUGAGCACAGAACAAAGCUGAUCGAGUCUCUGCAAGAUUCUGUAGGAAAAACCAUUGACGAGAUUCGAAGGACGAAAGACAGGAAGACAGUAGAGGAGCAGAAACCUGUAAUUGAAGGAACGAAACAGGAUGUCUUGAAAGAAGUAAGACUAUCUCUUCAAGAAGCGUUGAAGUCCUAUGAAAACAUUGCUGGAUCUCUGGAUCCUCGUUUGUCGACGAUCUUCGAUCGAGUAGACGAGAUUUAUCGAAGAGUGAAAUCUCCUCAGAAGCGAGACAUCGGUAUAGAGUCACUAGUAAGUCUGGAAGGGCCUCUGAACUCUUUACAAUACGCUCUCACUUCGAUCGCCAUCUCUGAGAACUCGGAAACAAUAUUCAAACUUCUGCAACCGGCGAUAUCUCAAUUAAAAUCGACCAUGACUAAUUUAGAAGAGAGUUCGUUGCAACCAACCUUGGAAAUGGUGUCUAACAUCGAGAGAAUCGUUCGCGUGCAAGAACAGGAAGAGACGAUAUCCUCAAGGUCAGGUGAAGAGCCUCAGAAUUUACCAGAGAAGAUCUUGGAUCCUCUGAUCGACGUUCAAUCAGCGUUGAGCACAGCUCUGCAAAGUAUAGAAGACGUGGACUCUGUUACAAACGGGGCAGCGGGUCCUCAGAAAAUAUUAGCCUCUUCAGAAGUAGCUAGCUGCUUGAUAGAGUUGAGGCAGUACGUGUCUGACUCAGCUCACACGGCGAUGACGUUAAAAGAAGAGGAGACACUGAUCAGCCUGGCAGAAUUAAAAGAACCUCUUAUGGAAUUGCAGUCGCUUCUCAUUUCAGAGAACAGGGCGAUUCCGGAGCUUCCGUUGAUACGUAAAGUAGGAGUUCCUGUGGAAAAGCUGAAGGCAGUCGUGUCGAAAGUUUUGACUCACUGCCACUCGCAGGAGAUGAUCACAGUGAUAAAGAGCGUUUCGAAAGUGUUGGAGGAAAUCGAGACACAAUUGCCGAAGACUGUAGCUAAAUUAGUCGAAGCUGAAGAAGCGACGAAACAUUAUUUACAAGGUUUGAACGUGGAUCAAAAUCUCAGCAACGUUCACUUUGCCCUGUCGUCGGCUUUAGAAAGACAUGAAAGAAGUUCUGCUGCUUAUAUGUCGAGUUUGACUAUCUGCGUCGAGGAUUUGCGACAGAGCAUCGGUUCCUCAGCAGUGGCGAUCGCGAACUUGAAGAAUCCAAUCGAUGAUCAGAUCAUAGAACAGAUUUACUUGCUGAAGGAAAGUUUGUUAAGCCUGCAGAGGUCCCUGUUGACACAAGAACACGAGCCCGAGGAAGAGCAAUUGUUGAAAGAUCUUCUAAAACCAAUAGAAAAGAUGAAAGGUGUUGUCCAGAAUAUUGUCGACAGUAACGCAAGAACGGACGUGAUCCUUCCAGUUUUAGAGCUUCUCGAAGAGAUAGAAAAGGACACGCCAUUGAUCGCGAAGGAGGCAUCGAAAAAGCGAGCUCAGAGGGAAGCAGAAAAGUUAAUGCCAAAGGAAGAACCGAAACAAGAAAAAGCUCCUACGUUUAUUUUAGCUGAUAGAAUCAGUCGUUCUUUAGAUCCCAUGAAACGCUGGCUAUCCACUACGUCCGAAGAAAGUAAUAAAGAAGAAGAGGAAUCUGCUCUGAGUUCAACCGUGGAGGAGUUGAAGAGAGACGUGAACAAAAUCGCUAUUGAAACUUCGUACUCUGAGCCUCCGAGCGAUGAAAAUUUAAUCGAAGCUUUGAUUGAAUUAAAGGAACCGUUAAUGAGACUCAGAAAUGCUAUAUCCAUGUAUCACGAGCCAGUAGACUUGACUACUUUGGAAGGAUUGAGCAGACCCAUGAAGCAGCUUCUGCAAACCGUUAUGGACGUCCUCAGGGAUCAUGCCGGAGAGGAAUCGCUCAGGCCAAUUGUGGACAUUGUGGAAGAGAUUGGAAACCAAAUACCUAUUUCGAUUAAAGAGGCGUUGUACAGAAGAGAACUGAAGCAAAUGGUGAAAUCAAUGACACACGAAGAAGUAGGAACAUCUCAGGAAACUAUUCAGGAUGAAUCCAUUCCGCAGGAAACCACCAUGGCUCAUACCUCUCAAGAAACUAUCCCCGAGAGCACUCUGGAAAGCACCACGAUAUUUCCUGAAACUCAAUUCGCUGAGUCGAUAAUCGAACAAACUACAGUGGAAGAUAUUAGUUCCAAGGUAACGGAGCAAGUAGUUACUACCAUAGAAGAUUCACCAAAAGUAAAAGAGCAGCUUACAGAAGAAAAGAGAAUUGAGCAAGCUAUGGAUCUCAUCGUUUCGCUGUCCAGAACUCUGGAAACCGUUCACCUCGACGUGACUGGCAUUUUGGACGAUUUCGAGCAGCCUACCACUGGAACGACUAUUACACCAAUUUCUUUAUUAGGCAAUUCGUUGGAAGAGCUACGAAAAACGAUUUCCAAUAUGCGAGUCACGACUGAAAGCUAUGCAAAUUCGCAAUAUUCUUAUGAAGAAGUAGUUGGACAAACUGCUUCAGUACUGGAAAAUCUUCAGCAACCCUUGAAUGAUCUUCAAAAGGUUCUCCAGCAAUCGCACCAAUACGGUGCUCAAGAAUUGUAUAUUUUAGAUCACUUAAUCCAGCCCUUGAGCGCAAUCGAGUCAGAAGUAAUCAAUCACACAGUUAAAAAACUGGAAGACUCGGAUCUGAAGAGAAGUUGCGAACCUAUUUUAAAUCUUCUCAGAGAUAUUAAAGAUACUAUUCCAAUUGUUGCGAAAGACAUACACUCUAGGCAAGAGCUGUUAGGAUCCCUUCGUGAAAUUUCAAAACCGUUAGAAAAUAUCCAAGAACGAAUGAAGAUACUCGAAACUCAGGCUGAAGACAUGUUAGAAACCGACGUGGCUAGGAUUUUGGUGAAACCUUUAGAUUACUUGUUGGAUACUAUCACAGCAACUUCUCAAGAAGUUCAGUUAUUGGAUCAAAGGAGAGAUAUUCUUUUCGAGCUUCGCAGCCUCGUCGAGCCUCUGGUAGAAUUCCUCAGCAGUCUUUCAGUGGUUCAAAGCAGCCGCAGAAGUUUGGUACCAGAGGUUGCAUUGCUGGACGAACGACGAAGCGUCAUUCUAAAGUCGGUCGAAGGUCUUCAGAAGCAAAGUUCAAGCAUCUUGGAGAAGAUUUCUAAUUUAGAAGGGGCUGCACCGUUCAAAGGAGCACUGAGCAUGCUGCAGAACGCUACAGUUUCUGUUCAAAAGCAAAUUGGGAAGACCGAUUACUCGCGGAAAAGCAGCACCGUUGAAUUCAGUCUUCAAUACAAUCUUUCAUCCUCCUUUAAUCAUUUAAGGAACACGCUUGCUACUGUGGAAGAAAGCGUAGAUAGCCCGAUUCAGGAAGUGAUUUCGAAAUCAUUGGAAGCUUUACAGAAACAAAUUACCCUGUCGCAAACGCACUUCAUGCACAUUUCUAACGAGCAACCGUUUGACGAUGAGGCCAUUGUGGAAGGAUUCCUUUAUCCAACUAAUCAGCUUCAAUCAGCUUUGAAUACGUUGAAGGAAAAAAUAGUUGAAAAGGUGAUACCCUCGGUCUCGGUUCAGUCCGUGGCUGUCCUUCAGGCUUUGGCUACUUCCACGACCGAAUUGGCUUCCUCCUUGUCGCUUCAUCGAGUUCAAUUAAUUCGCGAAGGGGCUUCUGAAGGUUCCUCACUUGUCGAGACUUUGUCUGCGGUGGUAGACAUGUUGCAAAGUGUGAAGGAUUCGAUAACGGCUGUUCAGCAGGUGGCGGUUGUGGAAGAUAAAGUAAAGGAGGUGAAGGGAGAAGAACCAAAGGUUGGAGAACAGAAGGAUGAAGAGCAGAAUGUUUUGACGGAUGUGCCAAUUACUAUCACUCACAUUGAUACUAUCGUUGAUGAGAUUAUCGAAAUCUCGAAAGAGGAAGUAGAGAGUGUGCUGACUGUCGAGAAACUGUCGCCUGAAAAAGAAAUAGAAGGAACAGAAAAAGUGACAAUUGAACAGAAACUUCCAGAGCUGACAGAAAGCGAAAGUCAAGCUGCUUUGACGAAAGAAACUGAGUUGAAGGAAGUAGAAUCGGUUGAUAAGAUUAAGGAAGAAAAAAUUGAAGCUUCGGGCGUGAUGAAAGAUGAAAAGGUUGAAGGUCUUGAAAUUGUGACCGAGGAAAAACUGAAAGCUUCGAAAGUGGAAACGCUUGAAGGAAUGAAAGAAGAAAAAGCAGGAAUCCUUGAAGAGAUGAAUGAAGAAAAGGGUGAAACUGUUCAAGCGUUGAGAGAAGGGAAGCUCGAAGCUGAAGCAGUGAAAGAGGAGAAGGUUGACGCGUUUGAAAUGACGAAAAGAAAGGAAGCCAAGGCUGAGCAGGUUGAAGAAAUGGCAAAGGCAGAAGAGAAAGCUAAGGUCCAGUCUCAGAAGAUAGAAGUGUCUGAUAAAGAGGUGUUGGAACAAAAAAUUGAAAUUUUAGAGAAAAAAGAGGAAGUAGAAGUUUCAAAGAAGAAAGAAGAAGUAUUGGAAGAGCAGGCACAAAAACAAGUAACAGUUGAAGAAUUAUCAAGUGAAAAAAUAAAAGAAGUAAAAGACGAGGAAAGCGUUGGAGAAGUAGUUACGAAAAAAGAAAGUGUAGAAGUAGCAUCCGCAAUGGAUCAAGAAAUAAAGGGUGAAUCUUCGGAAAAAGUAGAAGUAAAAAAAAUUGAAGAGCAAGUAGAGUCAUCUCGAAAGGCAGAGAAAGUUGUAAAAGAUGAAGAAAUAAAAGAACAGUCAAUAGAUAUAAUUAAAAAGGAGGAAGGCCAAAAAACUGAAGAACCAACCAAGACGAAAGAAAAACCUGAGGAAGAGGUAGAACCAGAGAAAUCGAAAGAGAGUUUACAAAUAUUAUCAGAAAGAACUGAAGAAUUAGUUAUCAAAGAAGAAACUGCUGAAGCUCUUUCUGAAAAAACUGAAGAAUUAGCAAAGGUAGAGGAAAAAGUAGCAGAAACAGAGAAGAUAAAAGCAACAACAGAAAUGGCAGAAGUUUUAACAGCAGAGGCAGAUAAGACAUUAAAAAAAACGGAGACUGAAUUGGUACAUGAGAAAACAGAUCAAUCAGAAAAGAAAGAACCCGAAGCCGUAGAAAAAAAAGUAGAUCAGAGUGAAAAGGAAAAGCAAGUGAAAGACGAACGGGCAGAAGUAGAAGAAUCUAAAAUACCAGAAGAAUUGACAAAGCAAAGUGAACAAAUACCUGAAAAAAAACUAGAAAUAUCUCAAGAAAUUGAAAGUACAGAAUCAGUACCCGAAAACUUCGAAGAGAUUCUAAGACAGAAAGAAUUUGAAGAAUUAGCAGCAGCAAAGGAAAAAGCAGAAAAGGAAGAAAAGCAAGCUAAGAUAGACUUAGUACAAAAGAUUGCCUCAUCGAUCGUUACCAUAGAACAACCCUUUAAAGAAUUAACCAAUCUCGUAUCCAUAGCUUUAAAAGAACCUCUGCCCUCAAAAUCUGAAGAGGAGAAGCGAAAAAUCCGAGAAUUAACUGCCCUAAUACAAAUCCUCUACGACUUGAAAACCAUCAGCCCAUCGAUUCGAAAAAUAUUAUCAUCUCCGAUUCCAGAAAUGGAAACUCAAUUCCUCCAUUUAGGCUACUCUUUACUGAACGUAGAACAGGCUACAGGAAAAGUUCUUCUACUGACUGAAAAAGAAUUAAUGCCUGCACUGAAAGAAAACGUAAUGAUAUCGUUACAAAUUCUCUUAGAGCCUCUGCAAUCCCUUCAACGUGAAUUAUCUUCCAUCCAACAAACAACCACUCAACUUCCUUCAGAAUAUUUAACACUCUCUACAAAUGUACAAUUUAUAAACGAGAUACUUGGCAAAUUGAUAAACGAGAUACGUAAAACUGCGGAGCUGAAGAUGAAAGUAGUAGAAGAGAUUAAAGUGAUGAGAUCAAGGGAAGAAAGUUUGGAUAUCGAAGAGAGCACUGUCAAGCCUUUGGAGGAACUUGUGGAAGCCCUUAUGAUCUCUCCGGAAGAAGUCAAGCCAAGAGAAGAGUCCAUCGUUGCCUCGAUAGAAUCAACUGAAGUAAUGGAUCAACAGAAAUUAAUUAGUGAUGAGGUAACAAAAUUAGAAACCAGCCUGCUAGAAAAAAUAGUCAAUCCAGUAGAAACUCUUCGUGAAGCGGUUGUACAAAUUGAACAACAAGCCUUGGAACAUGCUGAAACAUUGGAUAUGAAAUCUAAGAAGACAGCUACUGCCGUAUUGAACUCCGUUAUCCAUCCUCUGGAAGAAUUGGAACACUCCUUGAACAUGUCAACUCAGCAACAAAUUGUCCAGACUCCAGAAAUCGCAGAAGAAAUGAGACAGAACGUUCCUCUUCAACAGUCGUUACUUCUGAAUAUUGUUUUAGAGGAACUGAAGACAUCAAUUGCCACACUUCAGGAAGAAUUGGUAUUAGAAUCAGGCGAAGUUCAAAAACCAGAGAAUAAAACUAUGGUGAAGGAAGUGAAGGAAUCCUUAGAGAAUUUGAAGCUUGCUGUUGGUACAGUACAAGAAAUCGCAGCUACUAAAACAGAAAAAGUGGAACGUCUUUCCAGCGAGGAAAAAACACUAGCUGUCGAAACGUUCGUCAAAUCAAUAAAAGAGCUUGGAGAAAAAUGCCUGGCAAUAAUAAGUCAGCCUGCAGUAAUAAAAAAACCUAGUAAAGAUAUCCAGAAUGAGGAAUUGGAACAAAUUUUAGAAGUAAUAACUCAGCCAAUUCAACUGUUACGUGAAAGUAUUGAGACUGAGGAACAGAGAGUUGAAGAAAUACAAAUGUUAGAUGAGACAAGUAAAAACGUAGUAGAAGUCUUGAAGCCUUUGGUACAUCCUCUAGAAGAGCUGGAACAUGCGUUGCAGGCAGUGGUUCAUGAAACCAAUACGUCGGAAGGAGAAAAGAUUUCGGAAAUUAAAGAACAUAUGAAAGGACUGGUACUUACUCCUAUUUUGGAGGAACUACAAAAGUCUAUAGCAGUGAUAGAGGAGCAAGCAGCUUUGCAACCGAAGAAGCUUGAUGUAUCCAGUGUGAAGAGGGAAGCUUCCGUUGCUGAAUUAAUAGACAGUCCAUUAGAGAGCCUGAAAACCGCUGUUGCAGCGAUUCAAACCCUCGAAACGGAAGAAGCUAAAGAAUUAUCGACUGAACAGAAGACAGCAGCUCUGAAAACGUUCGCUAAGGGCGUCGAAGAAAUAGGACAAGUGUUAUCUGUGGUUUCUGGUAAACAGAAACCUAAAAUUAGCCUCCUACAGCAGCCACAAAUAGCUAAGCUUGAAGAAUUCGAGCAGCAAGUACUUGAAGCCAUAGCUAGUCCCAUUCAAGUGUUGCGCGAAACUGUGUCUAAAGUGGACGAACAACAGACUCAAGAGGUUGCGGCUUUAAUGCCAGAAACAAAGGAAGCCGCAACUGUUUUGCAUACUUUGGUGGAACCCUUGGAACAAUUAGAGAAAUCCUUAUCUGUAGCUGUUGAACAGAUCAGUACUGUCAAAGAAGGAUCUACUGGAGAUUUAGGGGACGUUCAAUCCUCAGUGAAAUUAAAUGUUGAACCAGUACUGGAAGAGUUACAGAAGUCCAUUGCUGUGAUUCAGGAACAAGUUUUGUUUGAUUCUUCCAAAGAGAAAUCAGAAAAACUGGAUACUUCUGUGGCCAAAGUAAUAGAAGAACCAUUGGAACAUUUGAAAUCUUCAGUGGCUGCUGUGCAGGAAAUAAUAUGCCUCCAGACUGAGGAAACAACUGAGUUAUCAAAUGCUGAUAAAACCUCGAUUAUACAGUCGUUCGCAAAGUCUGUCAAAGAAAUCGGUGAGAAAUGCUUGGCGAUUAUUUCUCAGCAACAAGUUGGAGUUGCAUUAGUACCCAAAAAGUUGGAAGAAUCGCAAUUAGAGAUUUUAGAAAUGGCAAUUGGUCCUCUUCAUGUGUUGAGGGAAACGAUCAACAAAAUAGAAGAAGGAAGGCUGCAACAAGUUGAACUUCUCGACUCUACCCAAGUUAAGGAAUCAGAAAAUGCAUUGAAGACUCUAAUAGAACCACUGCGUGAAUUAGAAACUUCUCUAACUUCCACCGUCCAGAAAGCUGUUUCUACUAAAAUUGAAGAAGCUGAAGAGAUGUCUGAGACGCCUGCAGUAUCAACAAAAUUAGAUGUUUCGCCAAUGGUUGAGGAACUCCAAAAGUGCGUGGCUACAGUACAAGAACAAAUUAAAUUGCAAACAGCCACAGCAGAGUCCACUGAGAAAGUUUCCUUGAUGCAGACUGCGGAGAAAUCUUUAGAGGACUUAAAUUCCUCUCUUGCAAUCAUUCAAAGCGUCGUUACUGUCGAAUCCAGUCGCGAAGAAAAGUUGUCGGACACAGAAAAGGUAACAGCGUUGCAAGAGUUUGCCAAAUCGGUGCAACAAUUGGAGGAAUGCUCGGCCGUUGCCAACCAGCAACAAGUUCAAACGAUGGAAACCGCGAAGGAGUUAACAGAAAGUGAAAAACUGGACGUGCGAGCUCUUGAGACGAUUGUCACACCGGUUCAUACGCUGCGCGAAACUCUUACGAAGAUGCAGGAAGAAGUUGCAACAUUAGAGCCAGAAAAUGUGAGUGCAGGAACAUUGACUCCCUUAGUACAUCCUCUUGAAAAAUUGGAGAAAUGUUUAAUAAAUGUUGUUCAACAAGUAAAUGAUCAGAAAAUUGAAACCGUGGAAGAGAUGAAAAAGGAAACACCUCAAACAGUAGUCCUUCAACCAAUUUUGGAAGAAUUGAAAGAGAGUAUUGUUACUAUUCAAGAACAAUUAAUUGUGAGCCCUCAAGCAGCUAAAUUGGAAGUCGUCAAGAACAUAAUUGAGGCAAUUGAAGAAUUGAAGACGACAGCGACUGCUGUUCAACAGGUGGUCGGAAUUUCAGAACAAGCAGAAGAAUUGAAAACUGAAAAAUCUGUCUUGGAAGCUUUUGCUAAAUCGCUAGACCAGUUAGAGGAACGGUGUUCAGCCGUAGCCAGUCAACGGCAAGUAGAACAGAAAUUAGAAGAACAUAAGAAACAACAGGCGAGGGUGGAUGCUGAAACUCUUCAGAAAAUUAGUAGCACCGUUCACGUCCUUCGCGAGUCACUGUCGCAGAUUGAAGAAGGAAGAAUGCAAGAAGCAGGAGAGUUGAAAGUACCAAAGGAACAGAGUGAAUUGAAAUUAAAUGUUCUCAUCGAGCCACUGAACGUGUUGGAGCAAGCCUUGACUAAUGCUGUACAGAAAGGUAAAAUUGUAACUGAAGAAAUCGCAGAGGAACUAAAGCAAACCGACGUUCCUGUAGAGAAACUGAACUUGCAGCCUCUGUUGGAAGAAUUACAAAAGUCUAUUGCUAUAGUUCAACAGCAAGCCAGUGAAACUGUUUCGGUAUUGACAGAGGAUGCUGAAAUCAAUAUAAUGAAGGCAGCUGAGAGAUCCUUGGAAGAAAUGAAACUAUCAGUGGCGGCUGUUCAAGAAAUAGCAAGUGUUAAGCCAGAAGAGAUACAAGCUGGUGAAGAAAAAUCUCGUUUGGAAGCUUUUGCGAGAACAGUAGAAGAAGCUGGGGAGAAGCUGUUGGCCGUCGUGAGGCAGCAGGAAGUGAAGGAAGCCAUGAAGGAGGUUUCACCCAAGAAGAAAGCCGAAGACUUCGUCAAAAGUGUAAUUGAGCCGAUCAGUGAGUUGCAAAAUACAAUAUUAACUAUGGAUAAAGAAACCGAGUUGGUCGGAAAGAAAAAGGAAAAAGAAGCUGUGGUCCUUUUAAGCAUAGUGCAACCCCUUCAAAAACUUGAAGAAUCUUUCGUGUCAGCAAUGAAAGGAGAGGCAGCGAAGUACGAGACCAUCGAGGAGAUUUCGCAAGCAAUUCCAAUUUUGCAAGAAUUGCCUGUGAAGUCUACACUAGAAGAACUUAAUAAAAAUGUUGCAGAGAUCCAAGAGCAACUAGUUCUUGCCAAAGAGACGUUGGCUCUAUCUGGAGACACCGAAGACUUCGCUGUGAUGAAGAAGUUAGAACGAUCUGUAAGCAAUUUGCGAACAUCUAUAGCUGUCGUUCAGCAAUUGACAACCAUAAAAGAACCUGGACAGCAAAUUCUAGACGUUGAGAACACGAGUGCGUUGGAAGCUUUCGGAAAAGCGAUGGGAGAGUUGAAGAAACAGUGUUCAGCAGUUAUUUCAAGGCCUAAAGUGAUUGCAGCAAUUAUAGGAACAGUGCAAUUAGUAAAGCCAAUGAAAACCGAGGUCUCAGAAAGCAUUCUUGUGCCGACUAAAAUUUUGCAAGAAUCCAUUUGCAUUAUUGAAGAGAUCAAGCUCCAAGAAACGGGAAUACUUGAAACACCAGAGACAAAGAAACCUGUAGCGAUGCUAAGCGAGCUGAUAUCUCCCUUGCAACAGUUAGAACAGUCAUUCGUCGCUGCUAUUCAAGGAGAGCAUGUAACUGAACACAUUGCAGAAGCUAUAGAAACCGACAAAGUGUCGUUUGAAAAAAUUAGCCUGAGACCCAUCCUCGAAGAGUUCCAGAAAUCGAUCGCUGCGAUUCAAGAGCAGAUGAUCCUUGAGGAAGGCGUACAGAGUAUGUCUGAAGGGCAGGAUGCUUCUCAGUUGAAGACGAUGGCUCAGACCCUGACUGACUUGAAAACUUCAGUUGCCGCCAUGCAGCAAAUCACUGAACCAGCAACGGAAUUCGCGAACGAAUUAUCGAAAGCCGAAAGCGUCACUGCAUUUGAGACGUUCGCCAAGUCUUUACACGAUCUAGUGGAACGAAUGACGACCAUCGAUCAUCAGCAAAUGAUUAUGGAACCAGCAGCUGAUACCAUAUCGGAGGAUGCAUCAUCGUUGAAGACCUGGGCUGAUAUUUUGGAAGAGUCACACGUUCAGGUGACAGGACCGAUGGUAGUGGAUCAAGGAAGCAUCGAGUCGCCCUCGGAAAUGGCUCUGUCGAUCUCCGAAGAGGAGGUUCACGCGUUACAAGGUUUGGCUAAACCUCUGAACGAGUUGAAAGAAUGCUUGGCAAUUGUUGUGGAAGAAAGGAAGUCUAUGGACGCGAAUGAAAUGGCUCUCUCGUUAUCAGAGAAGGAAGAUCUUUCUCUUUUGGCAACUAUGGCUCAGCCUUUGUUAGAAUUGAAGAACGCGGCCGUGUCCGUGAUCCACGAGCAAACUGCCAUUGAAUCUGCUAAAGAAAGAUCGUUUAGUGAUGAUGAGAGAGAGGAAGCUACUCUCAAUCCGUUGAUCCAGCCUCUCGAAGAGCUUUGCAAUUCAAUUGCGUUAAUUGAAGAUCGUAUGCUGGUUGAGUCAGCAGAGGAUCGACAGGUUGAUGAACUAGCUUUGUUGACAGCCUUAGCUGAGCCUCUAAUGACGCUUCAGAGAAGCAUUUCUGUGCUUGAAGAACGAGUAAUGUCACCGGACGUAGAACCACUACCUGAGGAAUCAACAAAUUGGAUCACGGAGUGUCUGGCAGUUCCUUUACACGAGAUAGAAAAAUCUAUAGCAGAAAUUAAAGAAUGCGUCGUGGUGGAGCCAGGAGUUGCUGAAGAACAGCCAAGAAUCGAGACUCCGGAUUGGUCGGUGAUUGAAAAGUUAGUGCAACCAGUGGAAGUAAUAAAAUCAACGAUCAUUGAAAUAAGGGAAAGCGAAGAAGCUGGAAUGGAAGUCGAGGCUGUGAAGAGUUUAGUGCAACCUUUGACAGAAGUUCACGAGAGUUUUCUGAUACUUAAGGGUAAAACUGAGAUGACUGUAGAGGAAGAAGAAGCCAGCAUCGACGCAAUCGUAGAUUCGUUGUCUAAUCUUGAAAAAAGUAUAUCACUCAUUGAAGAACAAGCUGCUGAACAGAAGUUUUCAAACACAAAGGAGGCAAUAAUUAAAACUCUGACUGAGCCUUUGAUGCACUUAAAGGAGAAGAUAAUGACAGUGGAGGAAUCUCCAAAUGUGUACCUUGAAAACCUAGAGGAACCAUUGAAGGAAUUGCAGUCUGCUGUAGAAAUUAUCUCUGUCACUGAACGCCAGAAGCCAAGACAGAAGAAGGAAACGAUUAUCCCUGUGGAAGAAACUGUAAGAGUGUCGACGAAACUGGUAAACUCCAUCAAGGAAAUAAACGAUUCCAUCGACUCCAUUGAUAAUAAAAUAGAAAGUUACAAAGGAUUAUUGGGUAUCGAAAUUCAAAUAGAGAACGAGGCUCUGAAGACACUGUCCAAAUCCCUUGAAGAAGUUAAAAAAGAAAUUCAGGAUCUGUCACAGAAAACUGAUAUCGACGAAUCGUCGACGGGUUGCUUAAAGAAACUAAGAAAGGCAAUUGACAUUGUUAGACAGCAGUCAGCUGACAAACCAGUGGCUGAACCGUUGCAUUUGGAGACAGCACACGUAAUUGGUAUAUUGAGACCUUUGACAUCAAGCUUGCACGAAUUGGAAGCGACUACUGAGAAAGUGGAAACGUUGUGGAAAGACAGUUUGAAAGGAGAAGGACUUAUUGAGCUGGAAACACCUAUAACGAACCUGAUGAACGAUAUCAAUGUGCUCCGUGAUAAGUUGCUUAAUAUGCAAAUAGUUUGGGAAACUGAUGAAAAACAGAAGAAGAAAAAAGUAUCUAAGAAGCAAAAAGAAACGGAAGAGGAGGAAAUUAAGAAAAAACAAGAGGCUGAAACGAAGAAGCGAGAACAAGAGGAAAAACUGAAACAGCAGGAAGAGGACCGUAAGAAGGAAGAGGAGACUAAGAAAUUACAAGUAGAAGAGGAACUUAAAAGGAAAGAGGAAGCCGAAAAAGCAAAACAGCAAGAGGAGGAAAUUCAAAAGAAGAAAGAAGCUGAGAAAUUGAAGCAAGAAGAGGAGCGUAAGGAAAAAGAGGAAGCAGAAAAAUUGAAACAAGAAGAGGAACGUAAGAAAAAAGAGGAGGCUGAGAAGUUAAAACUAGAGGAGGAACGUAAGAAACAAGAAGAAGCAGAAAAAUUGAAACAAGAAGAGGAACGUAAGAAAAAAGAGGAGGCUGAGAAAUUAAAACUAGAGGAGGAGCGUAAGAAACAAGAAGAAGCAGAAAAAUUGAAACAAGAAGAGGAACGUAAGAAAAAAGAGGAGGCUGAGAAAUUAAAACUAGAGGAGGAACGUAAGAAACAAGAAGAAGCAGAAAAAUUGAAACAAGAAGAGGAACGUAAGAAAAAAGAGGAGGCUGAGAAAUUAAAACUAGAGGAGGAACGUAAGAAACAAGAAGAAGCAGAAAAAUUGAAACAAGAAGAGGAACGUAAGAAAAAAGAGGAGGCUGAGAAAUUAAAACUAGAGGAGGAACGUAAGAAACAAGAAGAAGCAGAAAAAUUGAAACAAGAAGAGGAACGUAAGAAAAAAGAGGAGGCUGAGAAAUUAAAACUAGAGGAGGAACGUAAGAAACAAGAAGAAGCAGAAAAAUUGAAACAAGAAGAGGAACGUAAGAAAAAAGAGGAGGCUGAGAAAUUAAAACUAGAGGAGGAACGUAAGAAACAAGAAGAAGCAGAAAAAUUGAAACAAGAAGAGGAACGUAAGAAAAAAGAGGAGGCUGAGAAAUUAAAACUAGAGGAGGAACGUAAGAAACAAGAAGAAGCAGAAAAAUUGAAACAAGAAGAGGAACGUAAGAAAAAAGAGGAGGCUGAGAAAUUAAAACUAGAGGAGGAACGUAAGAAACAAGAAGAAGCAGAAAAAUUGAAACAAGAAGAGGAACGUAAGAAAAAAGAGGAGGCUGAGAAAUUAAAACUAGAGGAGGAACGUAAGAAACAAGAAGAAGCAGAAAAAUUGAAACAAGAAGAGGAACGUAAGAAAAAAGAGGAGGCUGAGAAAUUAAAACUAGAAGAGGAACGCAAGAAACAGGAGGAAACAGAAAAAUUGAUGCAAGAAGAGGAACUCAAGAAGAAGGAGGAAACCAUCAAAUCAAAACAAGAGGAGAAACGUAAGAAGAAAGAAAAGGCUGAGAAACUGAAACAAGAAGAGGAGGAACGUAAAGCGAAAGAAGAAGCUGAGAAAUUAAAACAAGAGCAGGAACGUAAAAAGAAAGAAGAAUCUGAGAAAUUGAUACAAGAGGAGGAACGUAAGAAGAAAGAAGAAGCUGAGAAAUUGAAACAAGAGGAGGAACGUAAAAAGAAAGAGGAAGCCGAGAAGUUAAAUCAAGAGGAGGCACAUAAGAAGAAACAGGCUGCUGAGAAAUUAAAACAAGAAGAGCGUAAGAAAAAGGAAGAUGCUGAGAAAUUGAGAGCAGAGAAAGAAAAACGCAAGAAGGAAGAGGAAGAUAAGACAUUAAAGGAACAGAAGGAGAAACAAGAAAAAGAAGCUGCUGAGAAGAAAAAACAGGAGGAGGUGGCUCGUAAACAGAAGGAGGAAGAAGAAAAAUUGAGGCAGGAAAAGAUCGAGGAAUCUAGAAAAGCUGAGUCCGAGGCAUUAAAACAAAAAGAGGAGAAAUUACGGAAAAAGAAGGAAGAACGGAAACUGCAGCAGGAGGAAGAUGAACGUAAAGAUCGAGAGGAGGCUGAGAAGCGAAAAUUGGAGCAGGAAGAACGCAAACGAGAAAGAAAGGAGCGUGCAAGGAAGGAAGAAGAAGAGAGGCUGAACCGCGAGGAAGAGGAACGAAAGAAGAAAGAGAAGAGGGCAAAAUUAAAGAAAGAAGAAGAGGAACGUAGAAAAGCUGAAGACGCUGAGAGAUUAAGGAAAGAACAUGAAAGGGAUGAAAUGAGACGAGAAGAAGCUCGACGUCGAAGGGAGGACCAAGAGAAACAGAUUAGACAUGAAGCCGAAAAAGUCAGAAAAACUGAAGAGGAACGACUGAGAAGAGAUGACGAAAUUCGAGAACAUAGAAGACAGGAACGCGAGCAUAGAAGGCACGAAGAGGAAGCUAAAUUACGUAAAGAGGAAGAGGAGCGAACGAAAAGGGAAGACGAACGACGACGAAAAAGGAAGGAGGCCGAGAAGCAAUGGAAAGAAGACGAGGAAGCUAUCAGGAAAAAGGAAACUGAACGUUUAGAGAAGAGACGAGCUGACGAACGUCAAAAGAAAGAAGAAGCAGAACGUUUGAGAAGAGAAGAUGAAGACAAGAGACGUAGGAGAGAAGCCGAGAGGCAACUGAGAAGGGAAGAAUCGGCGCGAGAGAUGAAAGAGGAAGAAGAACGUCUGAGAAGGCGAAACGAGGAGGAAGCGUCUAGAAUUCGCCAACGGAGACAAGAACAAUUACGAGAUGACACUUGGACCAAGUGGCGACAGAGUGAUUCAGAUCACUUAUUCAGAAAAAUGGCGGACGAUGCUCUUCGAAUCGGUAAAACCAAAACCGUUUCAUCUGAUAUGGAUUUCUAUCGGGACAGGCGUGAUAAAUCCUACCGAUACGAUUCCGGUUUUGACUCUGGCCUAUCCAGCACGUCCCGGUCAUACAGCUGGAGAGAUUCUUUAACGUCUUUGACCAAAAAGCGGGUCGACGAUUUUCUCGACUACAGGCUGAGGGACACCUCGAUCGACAGGUACUAUUUCGACACGGGAUCCUAUUAUAGACGACGAAGGAAGAGGGACGACCGAAUGACUCGAGCGAGAUCGAUCAGUUUGCUGAAAUACGACGACUAUUCGACGGGGGAUAGCGAUUCGACUAUCACUGCUGUUAGCAUUAGCAAACCGCCGAGGUACAGCAGGACGAAGACGAUCGCACGAACCGAUUUCGACGACCGUGGAUCGAAUCUAUCCAUCUAUUUGCCUCCUAUUAAGGACGAGCUUAUGCCACGUGUCAAGGGCAAGAAGCCAUCGUUUUGCACGAGGCUGACGAAUAGAACCGUAGGGGUUGGGAUGAGGGUGAGGUUGACCUGUACCGUGCUCGGACACCCGGAGCCAAGGGUGUACUGGAUGAAAGACGGCGAGAAGCUUGAUAUAACGUCGAACAAAUACAAAACUCGAUUCGAUAACGGUAUGGCUUAUUUCGAACUGCAUGAAGCGCACCCCGAUGAUUCCGGACUGUAUACCUGUGUUGCCGAGAAUGUACAUGGAAUCGCGAGCACCGAGUCUGCGUUAAAAGUUUACCCCGAUUUCCAACCAGCACUUUCACCCCCCACUUUCACCAGAUCUAUCAAAGACACUUAUCGACAUUCUGACAAUGAGUUGAUACUGGAGUGUCGAGUACGUGGCAAUCCGAUGCCAAUCAUCUCCUGGUUGAAGGACGGCUGUAUCCUUCAAGGCGAUCGCUUCAAGCAAUGUUACCUGGACGAUGGGAUCUAUCGUUUGGAAAUCGCUGCUCCUAAUUCUUCUGACGGUGGCCGAUACACGUGCAGAGCGAUGAACGAUCUGAGAACCGAGGAGAUACACCACAUAGUUCAAUUUGAUGAACGGGAACGGAAAAUCAUUGGCAAACAUGAGAAACUCUUCGACGAUUAUUUCAAUAUUGAAGCGACCAGGAAGCCGCGUUUCUCCAAUUACUUGACCGACCAUACCGUUCCCACCGGUGGUACCAUCGCCUUGCAAGUCGAAGUUAAAGGGGUACCAGCACCGGAAGUAAGAUGGUUCCGCGGCGAGCGACGAGAACCGGUGUCAGUUCCAAAGGCGAAAACUUUCACAGAAUCGGGUGUUCAUACUUUGGUUCUACCGGAGGUUACCGAAUCUGAGAAAGGCACGUACAUCUGUAGGGCAAUUAACGCCUUCGGUCACGCUGACACUGUCGCUAACAUCGAGGUAAUAUCGCCGAGCGCGACCGACGGUGGAAAACCGGCGAUGUUCGUCUCGAGACCCGUGGAUAAAUCAAUCACCGUCACCACUGACGAAGAUGUCAGUGUUUCUUUCAGAUUUUCUGGUACUCCGAAACCUCGAGUUAUAUGGAUGAAAGGGUUAACUGAUAUCACGGACGGUCCCCGAUCUUACAAGGAAACUGUCAACGACUACGUGAGACUGACGUUGAAGAGAGUGACAUCCUCCGACGAAGGCACCUAUUGCAUUCUACUUAAAAACAGAUACGGCUGUGAUCGAAGUUUCUUCUCUAUUAAGGUGAAACAACGUGCCAGAUCGUUGACACCUGAUUGGAGUACUCUGAGCAGCCGUACUGAAACCGGAAGUCUUCUCGGUUUGUCCAGCGACAGUCGCGACGACGAAUAUUCUCACAUCAGGAUCCGUCGAGGAUAACAUCUUGUAAAGGAACAUCUAUACUCCCCUCUAUAAACGCAAGGAAAUGAAUGGGUUUUCAACAAUGUUGGAAGUAGAGCAGCCAGUAAAUCAAAUUUCAUCCAAAAUUUUGUUAUCCUUCGAGUAAAAUUAUAAACAUUUGUAGUUCACGAACAUUUGUACCCGACGCUGGAUUAACGCCAAGUGUGACAUUUCCUUGAUCAAACCUUUCAAAUAUACGGCGUGCCACGUAUAAUAGCAAACGUGACGCUCGCGUCAAUUAAAACCCAAAAGAAACCCUAGUGAUUAAAUACGUACACUUGUUAGCGAGCAAUGGAAUCACCGAUGUUGGAAGAGAAUCCGGAUUCUCGAAUUAGAACCGUCCCGUGGUUUGUCAAAAAUUAAUUUUACUCGACAAUUAACAUUUCUGAUUCGCACUGUGAAGAUCUUAUCAAUUAAUUAUUAUGU